ACUGCCGACCACUCGUCCUUGAGCCAAUCAAUGAUGGGACCUCAUGAAACCUACAGGUCUCAAUUAUCAUCGGUUUGAAGCUCAGGUGUUCAAGUGUUGGGCAUUCUCAAUACUUGGGGUAGCCUUGCAGUCGAUACAUCAGGAUUGAAGGUUCAGCUUUGGAUAUGGUAGUCACCGUCGGCAAUGCGCCGUGAAAUGGUUGACGCCCUGUGUAGUGUGUACUCGGCUACUUUUUUUCGCAAUUUUUCUGGCUUUGCUUGAAGGAUGGGACCCGUGAUUGUGGACCGUCUCCCCGAAAGUCUCCACCGGCCCUGGGUUUAACCUGGUGCGCAAGCUUAGCCUGCUAUCGGCCCGCUGCGACAAAAGGCGCUGAGAAAAUGUAAUGCCAAUUCAUAAAUCUCCACUGUUCCGGUCUCAGACCACUGUAGUUUCCUCUUCGCUUAUCUUUCUGAGGUAGCAUUACUACUGGCCUGCCAGACUUCGUCGGAAAGCGCCUCCCCAAACUUGACCACAGCGUCGUUGUGCGUGUCUAUCUCACCCUCCCUUCCUUGCCUGUGUCUUCUAUGUGUUUCUGCAUUCGCAGAAGGGCUGUUUAACCGCAAGCGAGCCGCUGUCAACAUGGGUACGGAUGCUGAUAUCGAAGAGAAGGUUAUCGUGGAUCCCGGGGCAAAUAACCAUCUACAUAAUGGCAACGAACAGAGGUCCGAUUUGUCGGACUCUUCUUCUGGAGAGAAACCCGAAGAAGAGCCAACCUUUGACACGGGGUUGAAUACCUGGCUGCAAGUCCUUGGCUCGUUCUUCCUGUUCUUCAAUUCUUGGGGUGUCAUCAACACCUGGGGUGCAUUCCAAACGUACUACGAACAGAGUUUCUUGUCCGACAUGUCCUCAGACUCUAUUGCCUGGAUUGGAUCCUUGCAGUCGUUCCUUCUCAUGUUGUUCGGAGUAGUGACUGGUCCCCUGUUCGAUGCAGGCUAUUUCCGUGGCCUUAUCACCUUCGGGUCUGUUGGGCUGCCAUUUGGCCUUAUGAUGACUAGUCUAUCCUCCAAGUUCUGGCACCUAAUCCUCGCACAAGGGGUUGUUAUCGGACUAUCAGCCGGCUGUCUGUUCGUCCCCUCGGUCGCCAUCCUACCUCAGUACUUCCAAAAGAAGAGAGGGCUGGCCAAUGGACUGGCUGCCUCGGGAAGCAGCAUUGGUGGCGUGAUCUACCCAAUAAUGUUCAAUCAACUGCAGGAGAGGGUUGGGUUCGAGUGGGCUACGCGUGCGUUGGGGUUCCUUUGUUUCGGGACCUGCUGCAUCUCAUGUUGCAUCAUGCGAAUGCGCUUCCAGCCUAAGGAGAAACGCAAGCUGUUUCAGCUUUCAGCUUAUAAAGAACCGCAAUUUGUCAUGUUUUCCAUCGCUAUGUUUAUGGGCUUUUUGGGGUUCUACAACUUCUUGUUCUACGUCCAGUCCUACGCCAUCCAGACUGGGAUUGUCGACUCCAACCUGGGUUUCUAUCUUCUUUCCAUGCUGAACGCCGGGUCCACCUUGGGACGAGUCUUGCCCAACUUCGUUGCCGACCAUACCGGCCCUUUGAACGUGCUCACCCCUGCCGCUACCGCUACCGCUAUUCUUGCCUUUGCCUGGAUUGGUGUGCACAACGUCCCUGGUAUCAUCGUCUUGGCCGUUCUAUAUGGUCUUACUUCCGGUGGUUUCGUUUCGCUGCCGCCGGUGGUCAUGGCUAGUAUGACCAAGGACAUCCGCACCUUGGGAACACGCUUGGGUAUGGUCUUCUCAACCACUUCGUUCGGACUGUUAAUCGGAACACCAAUCGGCGGUGCCAUUCUGGACAGCACCCAUAAGUAUCUUGGUGUUCAACUUUUCACUGCCUGCUGUCUCAUCACGGCUUCUUCGAUUUUUGCUGCGCUGAGACUGUCUCGCACAGGCUUCCAUCUUACUGCUAAAGCCUAAACUCAGGAGCCCUGCCUCUUCCUAUCAGGCCUGAAGCCAUAUGAGGAAUGCUGUUCUUGCCCUUUUGAGUCAAGCCCCGAUAGGAAAACGAGGCCGCUCCAACACAGAGCUAUCGGCAUCCCUUCUCAGGGUUUCUA